AUCAGUCCAUAGAGAUAGCAUUGAAUUUAUAGGUCAGUUUAGAUAGAAUCUUAAUAAUAAAUCUUUAAGUCCAUCACACACGUGGACUAUCUCUCCAUUUACUUACAACUUCAUUGUUUCUCAGCAGCAAUACCCUACAAAUUUUGGUGUACAAAGCAGCUGCUUCUUUUAAAGUUAGUUGUAUAUACUUUCGUUCCUUUGAAUACUAUUUUGACUUGAAUUUUAUUGCUCUGAUUUUCAGAUUGAUGGUUGGUAGUAUAAAGAACUAUGAUAAGCUUCUGCAAACUAGUCUUGUAUACUGUAUACUUUACUGAACUACUCUAUGAAUUCAAACACAUAUACAUAUUUACUUUUCAAAACAAACUUUUAAUUUAAAAGAAUUUAGAUUUAUAGAAUUCUUGUGAAGAUAGAAAAGGGCCUUUCUACACACACCAUUCAUGUAGUUUAUUUAUUUGUACUUGGAUACCCCAGACUUUUCUACAUAUAGAAUUAUAUCAUAUGCAAAUAACAAGUGUAGCUAGAGUUUCCCUGCCUGGCCCACAGUCAGGACAAAUCUCUCUCACCUGCCAGUCCCACAGCCGCUCAGACCCAACCAAGUAAACACAGAGACUUAUAUUGGUUACAAACUGUAUGGCCGUGGCAGGCUUCUUGCUAACUGUUCUUACAGCUUAAACUAAUCCAUUUCCAUUAAUCUAUACCUUGCCACAUGGCUCAUGGCUUACCGGCAUCUUCACAUGCUGUUUGUCAUCGUGGCGGCUGGCAGUGUCUCUCUGACUCAGCCUUCCACUUCCCAGCUUUAUUCUCCUCCUUGUCCUGCCUAUACUUCCUGCCUAGCCAAUGGCCAAUCAGUGUUUUAUUUAUUGACUAAUCAGCAACACAUUUGCCAUACAGAACAUCCCACAGCAAACAAGAGUAUUAAUUCAUCAUGUUUUCAAAAUCUGCACCACACUACAGUCUCACCAAUAGUGUGUAAGAGUUACUUCCCCCACCUCAGCGACACUUUAAAUCAUUUGUUUCUUGAUGAUAAUCCUUUUGACUGGGAUGAUAUGGAAUUGAAAAAUAGUUCUAAUUUGUAUUUCUUUUAUGGCUAAAGAUGUUGAACACUUUAAAAAUGUUUAUCAGCUAUUUGAACUCUAGAUGAGGAUUUAUCUUAAAGUGUUUGAUUUUCUUUUGAAAACUUUGUUCAGUUCAUUAGCCCAGUUUUUGACCAGUUUAUUUUCUUCUUAUUUUUUGAGAAUCUAUAUGUUUGUGAAUUCUAGAUAUUAAUCCUUUGUUGGAUAUAUAGAUGGCAAAAGUUUUUUCCAUUCACUUAAUUGUUUUGUAAAACCCAACGUUCUGUUAAAACAGUGGUGGUGAUAAGGCCAGGCUUAUUAAUUUAUUGUUGGUUUUAUAAGGAAUAUAUUUAAAGUUAGUUUAGUAGAAUUUGGCUGUUGGCUUAUCAAAAUAAGAAAGGUUCUUUCAUUCCUUAGGUAGCUACACAUUUUUAAAUAAUAGCUGAUUAACUUGUCAAAUAUUUCUUACACAAUUUGCCACUAAUGACUUUCUAUUUUAAGAUGUUUUAUGCUGAAUUACAUUGAUAGAUUUUUGUUGUAAAUCCUUAUGAUUUUGAGGUAAACUAAGCAAUACCAUUUUAACAUGUACUGUUAGAUUUAGUUUUUAAAAUUUAUUUUAUAACCACGUUUAUCAUAAGUUUAUAGGUUUAUCUUUUUUGUUGCUUGGCUUUUGAAUUUUGCUUAUACAAACUUUCCAGAAGACUGACCUGCUCUGUACAAAUAUUGUUGGCCUCUAGGUUUAUAGGAGGGGGGUGUAGCCACUUACCCAAUUUUUUAAUUUUAUUUAUUUGUUCAAGUUUUAUUUUUAUUUUUCAAAGUUGGCACUUUGUAUUCUAGAUGUAUCCAUUUAAUUCAAGUUCAAUUGAACAAAUGUCUGGCUGGCAGUAUUCCAAGAGGUUGCCGCACUCUGGGGUACCUCAUUGAUCGCCUGGAUGGACUCCACCAGGCCACAAUAAUUGCGUAAAAUGUAAUUCAAUAAAAGCAUUAGUUUUCACUUGCUCUGUUUUCUCUCUCUCUCUCUCACACACACAAAAUGUCAGACCCCACAGAACAGUAUUUCAGGGUCAGAAUGUUAGAUGUGUUAAAGAAAGCUACAGAUGAAGAAUCUCUUGGUAAAUCAGAAAACUGGUUGUGAAAAUUGCCUGGAUCUUAAAUAAAACCGAAAAAAGGAAAUGACAUUUGGAUUAUGGGAGGCAGAAAAGGGCCCCAGAGAUUCCCACAAGGUCUGGAAAGAACAGGGUAAGGGCAAGGUGAAAUUAUGCCGAGUCCCCCAGGAUGAGGACUGGGUUUGUUUUGAUGUUUUUGGAAUCAGCACCAACCAGCAUCAGUCUGGGAUCAGUUAUUAAAUCAAUGGAUACCCAGGACCCCUCAGGCAGAUAGAAAUCAAACAUUUGGGUGUAGAAAAAAAUGUAUUUGAGGUCUUUAAUAGUUGUCCUAUUUUCCUGUAAAAAAAGCGGGGGAGACACGUGCAUUUGAAAAAUAUUUACUCAGCAAGAUGCAAAAGAAAUGAGCGUUGACUAUUUUCCUACAACUAUGACCUCAUUCUGCCAAAGAAGAAGCAAGGGGCAUCAGGGCUUCCGUUGGGCUCUAACGGCUGUCAGGUACAGGGAGGCCACCCCUUGCCCUAGACACAGUCAGGCAAGCACAGAAGCCUGGGUCAGGAGCAACACAGGCCUCAACCCAUGACCCAGGCCCAGCAAGUGCUGCUGCGCAUGCUCCAGCUGCUAUCCUGCGCAUGCGUACAGGGUCGCCCGGCUCAGGGAGAGGCUUCCUACGCUGUGCCUGGGAGAUGGAGACGGUGGAGGAGGAGGCCCCAAUGCUGGCACCGCCUCAGCCCGCAGAGCUGGAUGAAGAGCUCUCUCCGGGUACUCGGGGGAACCAGUCAGGAGACAUGGACUCCUAUGACUUGACCAUCCUUCAUUUUAAUGAUGUGUACGAUGUGGACCCGAGUGCUGAAGAGCCUGUAGGAGGCGCUGCUAGGUUUGCCACAGCUGUGAAAAAGUUCAGCCUCCUGAAUCCACUCUUGAUUUUCAGUGGUGACUGCUUAAAUCCUUCAGUUCUAAGUACAAUAACAAAAGGCAAGCACAUGAUUUCUAUAUUAAAUGAAUUGGGAGUACAUUUUGCAGUUUUUGGAAACCAUGAGUUUGAUUUUGGUGUUGAUAUUUUGGAAGACUACAUGAAACAAAUGCACUUCACGUGGUUUCUCAGUAAUGUCCAUGACAGAUUUACUUCUGAACCUCUUGGCCAUGGUACAGUAAAAAAGAUAGUUAAUUGGAACAAUCUGAAGAUUGGCUUAAUGGGACUAGUUGAAGAAGACUGGCUUGAUACUCUGGCUACCGUUAACAAGUCUAAUGUAAGCUAUAAAGAUUAUGUCGAAGCUGCUAAUGAGCUAGCAGUAGAGCUGAGAGAAGAAGGAGCCGACCUUGUGAUUGCUAUGACACAUAUGAAGUGGGGGAACGACACAAGGCUUGCCCAGCGAGCCGAAGGGCUCGACUUGAUUCUGGGAGGCCAUGACCACGAAUAUGGGAUCAGGAAAGUGAAUGAGACUUGGAUUGUCAAAAGUGGAUCUGAUUUUAAAAAUCUGACCAAAAUAAACAUACGGCUAUUUGAUGCCUCUUUCCAAUAUGUGUUUGAGAAAGUGGAUGUUGUGAGUUAUUUGGAAGAAGAUUCAUAUAUUAAAGCAAUAGUAAGAGAUUUUACUCAAAACAUACAGUAUAUGUUAAAAGAAGUUCUCUGCCCAAUUGACAUGGAAUUAGAUGGCCGUGAAAUUACAGUCAGAAGAUGUGAGAGCAAUCUUGGAAAUCUGGUGACGAAUGCAAUGUUAGAGGCCACACGUGCUGAUGUAGCACUUCUUAAUUCAGGCACUCUCAGAUCUGAUAGGAUACACCCACCAGGAAAUUUCACUCUGUAUGAUCUUUUGGCUGUACUUCCCAUAGUGGACCCAGUUUUGGUUAUUAGAGUAACGGGGUCACAGCUACUUGAAGCACUGGAAAAUGGGGUUUACAAGUACCCAGCUCUAGAUGGGAGAUUUCCUCAAGUUGCUGGGAUAGAAUUUGGAUUUGAUCCAGAUGCAGAACCAGGACACCGAGUCAUAAGAGACACUGUGAAAGUUCAAGGACAGUACUUGCGGAGAAAAAAGGUCUAUCUUCUGGCCAUUAAGGAGUACAUUGCAAAUGGCAAAGAUGGCUACAGUAUGUUUAAAAGUUGCCCUCGAAUGUUUGACACCGAAACUGCACAGGUGCUGUCUACAGUCGUCAUGAAUCACUUUGAAUCAAUCAAAAUUUUGCAAGGAAGGAAGAAGUGUGUUUCAGGCCAUCGAAUGAAUUUGAUUAUGACAACGGACAAAUCCCCGUCACUGACAGCCUUUGAGGAAGAAUCCGAUGAACCAUCAGGAGUAAUUGCAGUGCCUGGCAUAGAAGGAAGAAUAUGUCAUAUUUCUCCAGACAUGAAAGAACAUUUGCACCAACUUAGAACUGCAAGGAAGCAAGGUCUAAGGACUUUCCCCACCAUUAGUGAUAAUGCAUCUGAGAAUUCCGAUUCUGACUAAAUGUAAUAUCGUUAGUAUGUUUUGUUAGUGCACAAAUGAGUUGGACCACUUUUAGCAGUGUUGAGCGUAGUUACAGAAUCUUGGUUAUUUGUAUCAUUCUGGAAUUGAUGUUAAUUCUAAGGAUAUUACUCUAAAUGUUCUUUUCAUUUAAUUUUUACCAAGUCAUGUAACUUUUGACUCUUCAUUGUGUUGUGCCAGAAACAUUAGCAAACAUUUGUGAUUUAAGUAUAGACAGUAUGCUGUUUAUUGUUAAAUGAAAUUCAUGCUCACCUUUUCAUAGUAUUUAUUUGUAUAUUAAUUUUUCUCUUAAUAUUGCUUAUUUUUCUGUCCAAAUGAAAUAUAUAUGCAUAUAUUUCCUCUCAUUAUUGGUUUAAUUAUAAUUCUUUCAACCUUGUUGGAACUCCAUGAUACAGUACAUGAAUCUAUUUUCUUGUUAGGAGUCCUGAGCUUUCAUGUUAAUGACUGGGAAGCAUGGGCUUUAUGGAGUAUAGUUACUAUUAUCAUUUUUACUAAGUAUGGUAGCCUUUCUUACUACAGUGAAACAAGGGUAUUAGUACUAUAGUAUUUACCAAUAAACUGUGUUAAAAAUUAGUUAAAACCAGACUGGACCAAAUUCACAGUUGGUUUGUUAUUGGUUAACUGGCGAUAAUUCCUAAAUUUACUUUUCCUUUGGCAGUUUUAAAAAUUAUGUUUGUAAGGAAAAAGUUCCAAUCCUUAAGUCUUCUGUCAUUUCCUCAGUUCAGAGCUAUACAUAGUGCAACUAGGGGAAAAAUCACUUCUGGUUUUGGAAGACCAUAUGUGCCUUCCUUUAAUUUGUGGGAAAUAAAAGGUAUGUCCAAUUAGUGUUUCUUUCAGUGAACAGUGGUGAGCACAGGAGCUGUGCAUACUAACCUGGCUAAGGUAAGUGGUGUGGCUUUCAUCUCAUCUGCUUUACUAUAACUGUGUUCAGAAGUGGAUUUGCAGACAUAAUGCUAUUUUCUGAGUUAUCAUGGAUGAUAGAAGACAAAAGUAGAAAACUUUGCUUCCAAUAUAAUGUAUUAAAUUAUUUGCCUCAUUUCAGUGAUAUAGUACCCUGACAAAAUUGGCUUAAGGAAGGAAGGGUUUAUUUGGGCUGAUGGUUCCAGGGAACAGUUCAUCAUAGCAAAGGAGACGUGGGACAGGAGUUUGAGGUGGUUGUUGGUCACAUUACUGUCACAGUCAGUGGGGAGGGAGAAAGAGAGAGGUGGGGGAGAUGCUGCUUCAAACUUUUUCUCCUUUUUAUUUUGUUUUGGAACUCCAGCCCAUGGAAUCUUGCCACCCACAUUUAGGGCGGGUCUUCC